AGAGAAGAAGAAAUAAACAAGGAAAAGGAAACAUGGGCAAGAAACUAGAUGCACUGCUUGGAAAGAUUCAUCACAGACAUUCCAAAAUGAAGACUCUAGCUAAACUUGCUGCUUGCAGACUAGUCAUGAUCAAGAACCAACGCCAAAUUCGUUCUUCUUAUGCUCGUUCUGAUGUUGCCCAGCUCCUCUGCCUCGGCCACCAAGAACGCGCCCUUCUUCGAGUGGAACAUUUGAUUGAAGAACAAAAUAAGUUGGAUGCUUUUGUCAUUUUAGAUGAUUAUUUCCAUGUCCUUCAAGAAAAAGCUAGCCUGGUUGAUAAAAGCAGGGAAUGUCCAGAAGAGUUAAAGGAAGCAAUGUCAAGUUUAAUAUACGCAGCUUCAAGAUGCAGCGAAUUCCCUGAGUUGCAAGAGAUUCGAAACAUUCUCACUUCUAAAUUCGGAAAUGAAUUCGCUGUUCAUUCCAUUGAGUUAAGAAAAGACAGCAGAGUAAAUCCUAAGAUAAUACAGAAGCUAUCGAUCAAACAAACUAGUCGAGAUAUCAAACUGCAGGUUCUAAGGGAGAUUGCCUUAGACAAAGGCAUUGAUAUACUAAGUGAGGGGACUCCAGAUUUAUUGGAUUCUAUCAAUGGAAAGAAAUAUACUGAUUUUGCUACAGAUACUCAGGAAACCAUUGAAUUGGAACCAACAGAUGAACAUUCAAACAAUAGUUAUGAUGAAAUAAGUUCAGAUAAUUUGAGAUCAUAUAAAUCAGAAGUUGAAGAAACAGAUGAUGAGAGUAAAAGUAAUGUUGAAUUGGGACAAGAAGAAGUAUUUGGUGAUGAUGUAGGACAAAUAAUACUGCAGUCAAAUGAAGAACUUGUCUUUAAUAGAAGUGAAGAUGAAGAAGAUGGGAAAAAUGUGGAUGGCAUGAAACUUUUGGAGUAUAACCAAUUGGAUUGA